AGACUAGCUCUGCCCGUUGUAGUCAAUAUAUGAAUUGCCCAAAGUGCACAGAGUGGGUCUGAGCUCAGAAAGGGCAGACUGUGACUGCGCUCCCGCCGUGAGAAACAUCUGCUUGGAAAGAUUCAACAGUGAUCCUUUUAUAAUCAUUGGCCAUGGCAGGAAAAGGAAGUACCGUGAAGCCUGCUGAAGGAUUUAAUCCAAGUGAAGAUGCCCAGAAAUUGAGAAAAGCCAUGAAAGGACUUGGUACAGAUGAAGAUGCCAUCAUUGAUGUCCUUGCCUACCGUACUGUGUCACAGCGCCAGGAAAUAAAAAUAGCUUAUAAAUCAACCAUUGGUAGGGAUUUGAUCAAAGACUUGAAAUCGGAACUGAGUGGAAAAUUUGAGAGAGUUAUCUUGGGAAUGAUGAUGCCCACUGUGAUGUAUGAUGUGUCUGAGCUGAAAAGAGCCAUGAAGGGUGCUGGCACAGAUGAGGGCUGCUUGAUUGAAAUUUUGGCUUCCCGGACCCCACAGGAGAUCCGAGAAAUCAAUGAGACUUAUAAACGAGAAUAUGGAAAAACUCUUGAAGAAGACAUUCGCUCUGAUACUUCUUUCAUGUUCCAGAGAGUACUUGUGUCUCUUUCAUCGGCGGGGAGAGAUGAAAGAAAUUACCUAGAUGAUGACCUUGUGAAGCAGGAUGCCCAGGCGCUGUAUGAGGCUGGUGAGGCAAGAUGGGGGACCAAUGAGGAUAAAUUCCUAAACGUUCUCUGUGCUAGGAACCGAAAUCACCUACUUCAUGUGUUUGAUGAAUACAAGAGGAUUUGCAAGAAGGAUAUUGAGCAGAGCAUUAAAUCUGAGACAUCUGGCAACUUUGAAAAUGCUUUACUGGCAAUAGUAAAAUGCAUGAGGAAUAAACCUGCAUAUUUUGCUGAAGAGCUUUACAAAUCAAUGAAGGGCUUAGGUACAAAUGAUGACACCCUCAUCAGAAUAAUGGUUUCCCGGGCAGAGAUUGACAUGGUGGACAUAAAGAUGCAAUUCCAGAGGCUCUAUGGAAAAUCUCUAUAUUCUUUCAUCAAGGAUGACACAUCAGGAGAUUAUAGGAAAGUUCUUCUUGUACUCUGUGGAGGUAAUGAUUAAUAUUCAGUCCACACCGGAUUGAAAUGAAUUGGGAGCCACUGGUUGUAUUGUUAUUUGGCUUCAUUUUUCUAUAAGGCUAUUUGAAUGCUUAUUGUCAAUUAAAAAUGCUCUAUUUGCCUUUGUUAUGAAUUGUUAGCUAUUGUUCAAUGGUUUUGAUGCAAUUAAAGCUAGAUUUCAUUUUUAACUCAGAAAAAA